AUGGGUGUGGGUAGCAUGCUGUGGUGGAUUGGCUCUGCGUUCAAGGCGUUCGCUAUUGGGCCUACUGAUGCCUCUUACUGGGUCGUCAUCGUGAUGUGGAUUGCCAGACUGGUAGCCUUUUCGCUCAUAACGCGCACAUACCUUGCACCAUACGUGUUAUCUCGGUUCUCAAAACACAUUCGCGUGCGUAGCAUCAGCUUACGAUCUAUUCGAGGCUUGUAUUUCCGGAAAGGAGUUCACACAUGGCGCGUGGACCGGAUAGGAGUCUCCUACAGUUCACCCGGUAAUGAACAAGCAAGAAUAUUGGCAUUUAAAUUCGAGGGCGUCACUUUGGAGAUAGGGAAGAGCGAAGAUCAUCAUCGAAAACCUGCACCAAUUCCUAGACAUCGACGUGCCAUCACUUUGGCAGACUUAUCUCCUUCUCCGUUAGCGCUUCAUAUCUGCUCAUUGCUUUCUAGAGUGUAUUCUAUAUUCGAUCCUAUCUUUCGCCCCGUCAUACGAUUCUGUGUUGCCGCCUGCCUCCGUCAAGUGAUCCGAUAUAUUCCUACUCUCACUCAGGCUCUGCAGUUUGACCUCAACUCUGCAGUAGUGACGUUUUCAGCCAUACCUCACGCAUCCGUCACUGUGGAGGAUGCAAGUAUACAUGCUCAUCUUUCAUUCACUCAACUGCAGGACCUGGUCCCUGUAAUCGACCAUGGUGAUAACCAUGUCAACCGAACGUUGCCCACUAGAGCUCUUGCGAUGGGUGCGUGGAGAUCUAGACUGUCAAAGAGUUUUAAGCGAACCUGGAACCGCACUUGGGAUCGUACAUGGGGAAAGACUAAAGGAGCUGCAUCAUUUUCUCUUAAAAUUAGCAGGAUAGAAGGAUUGGCACAAUCUCCACCGUCUACCAAGACAGCAGAUGUCUUGUCAGUUGAACCGUUCUUCAGUUUACCGGGUAUCAUUGCCCUCGACGGAUCUGCUCGUUUCAGUCCUAAAGAUGGCACGCUGGACACAGGCAGUUUGCAAACAGCGCUUCAAGUUGGUGCAAUAAACGUUGGUGUUGAAGGAGUGCAAAACCUACUAAAGUCUUUUCAAAGCCCCAAGGCUGAGGAGGUGUAUUUUUUCAAUGAUAUGGCCCAAACCGUAGUGUCGUCACCCAUGAGGCCUGGAUCCUCUCUCAUGGAAGCAUUUCGAUCAGCAUCAUCUCGCUCAGGUUUUUCACUUCCCCAGCGGCCAAGGAAAAAGAUAUCUCCAUCAUGGCUGUCACCCCUGUCUACUUUUAAAGUGACCUUGUCUUCAUUGACGUUGGAAACUCGUUCUUGCGAAGACUCUUAUAAUGCUGUCAUUCAUGAUAUUUCGAUCACAGGUGGCAUUAGUGACCCCAAGGAGCACACACUUCAUCGCGAGUGGCUGGGCAGUAAAAGUCCUUCUGAAGACAAUCUACAUUCUCAUGUAUAUGUCUUGAAUUUCUGUACGAGCGGCGCGUUUGUGGAGAGGACCACGCCUCCAAUUAAUCUUCGUAUACUGACAAUCGGUUAUAUUUCGGCGCAAACUCUAGUUUCCCAGUGGCCGUCUCCGUGGGUACGGGGCAAUAAUUUCAUAUCCGGAGACCCUAAUGCAGCAUUAGUUGUGGUACGACUGAAAGUCGAGAAAGUCGAGGUGACAGAACGGCUCGAGAUGCUAGCGCGACUCUCCAACAUAAGCAGAUCUUCUGCAAAACCGUCUUCUAGCAUGUCAUUCUUACCUUCCGCUUUGUCCUCAGUUCCUCGUGUUUCGCUAGGCCUCGAGGUGGGAACUAUUCGUGCUCGCCUUAUCUGUGCUGGAACCGAAGAGCCCUUUUACGUUGAAGCCGAAACGGAUGGCUUGACAAUAUGUAUAAACUCAAAUUUUCACUUGGGGUCGAUGAGGCCUUAUCCUCGCAAACACCUAAUACAACAUCACAACCACAUGCCUGUAUAUAUGAUCGCCGACACUUCCUUGGUUCUGAGACCCGUCUUUGUGCAAGUGUGUUCAAGUUCCCCACAACGAAAUACUGCUCGGCGGCGGUUCUCGUCAUUACCUGCGGCUACUGAGCUCACUGGAAAUCCCCUUCUAUCCAUAGAAGCGAUCGAGGUUAGAGGAACUUGCACAGCGCUUGGGCAUCUUCACGAUGACGAUUUGGAUGCGACUGUUUCUUUGGAGACACGAUCAAUUUUUGCCGAUCUACACUGUUCUUGUGAUGCCAUCUUUAUCGAGCUCUGGCAUGCUAGUGUGUUGGUAGCGGUCAGGACUCUCCUCAAAUCCUUUGUCGAAAACAGAGCACUGUCGCCAAGUUCAUCAGACUCGCGUGCACAGAAGGAACUACCCAUUGGGUUCGCACUAUCUAUGUCGGUCUUUCGGUCUGUUCUCUUUUUGACUGGCGAAGACAUUAACCCCGAUGGAGACCGAGAUAUCACUCGUGGGUUAGCGCUUCGUACUGGCUUCUCUGUGCAGUACUGUGCUCUUCGGUCAGGUCAAGUGGAUGUCUAUCAGGACCUGCGUACACGGUCCCAGGCUCGACAUAAGUUGUAUCUUCCGGAUGAGCGCAUUAUGGAGGCUGUGGCAUCUGCGAAGAGAUCUCUAGUCACAGGUGAUACUUGUGUCUUUGGAAAAGUAAACUUGUGGAGCACUGCUAUACGGAGUGCAGCUGCUAGUACAUUCUUAAUGGAUGAUCCUUACAUCGCGGAAAGGGAUGAUCUUGCUUUAUCUUCACAGGAUUUCCUCGCAGUAUCUGGCCUCAAUUUGGAUUUUAUAAUUCGUGGGAGACAAAGCGAAAAUCACACCGCUAUAAUCGUCCAGGAUAUCUGUGAGAUCGGUCUUACCGUUGGCCGAUUACAUGGCAUUUUCGAGCUUGUUCAUAUGUAUACCUUAUUGCUGGCCACGCGGACGAUAAAAUCCUUCCUGCAAAUUCUGCCAUCCCACCCCAAUCCUGACGCUAAUGCCAGUCGCUCGUCCGUUGAUUUCCAAGGAACCAUCAAGGCGGUACAGAUUCGGUGGAAACUUCCGAAUACCAGUUUAAUUACAAGAAUUGAUCGUGUUCGCCUUUCGAAGGCUACUGAUAAGCACGAAAUCUCAUGGAACACCUGUCUCUUGUGGGUCCCUCUACCUGCACAGACGAACGGGUGGGAAGAUAGGAUAGAAGAUAAAUAUGAGGAACUAGGGCGUUUGCAUAACUGCGCUGUUUCCAUUCCAUCCUUGUCUUCUGGUACUUUGAGCAUUUCGGUGGAUGGUGACAGCGCAAGGUUACGUAUACCACCGGGAUACGUGUUUGCAGACUUGAUUUUCGAUGCGGUGGUCGCUGUAAAAUGCCUACGCCACUUAGUUCAUAUAGUAGGAAAAGGAGAAUAUUGCCUUAUGCCAAUCCCCGAAGCAGAACCAGCCAAGUUGGUCCCCAACAUAGAUUUUUCUUUCCGUUUUAUUACCCUAGAGGCAGCGGACGAUCCACUAGAAAGCAAGCUUAGCUUGAUAUGGAGAGUUGGACUUGAAGCUUCCAAAGAGAGACUCCACAGGGAGGACGCCUUCCAAGCAAAAGUAUCGUCCAUACUAGCAGCAGAGUCUUCUUCUCACCCGCCAAUACCCCCCAUCCAAACUGCUGGAUCCGACUAUCAAUUCGAUGCCCAUCAUUCUGUCACAAUUGACGAAGCUCGAGAACGUCUUUACUGGGCCCAUUCGGUUGACUGGACAAUGAGAUAUCGUGAAAAACGACGGGAGCAGUUUACCAGGGAGGCAACUUCGUUGCGACCGCUUCACAAACCUUCCACGCCAAAGCAGCCUAUGAACGUUCCUGAUUUCAUCAAGGUUCCACCUCCAGAUUGUGCACCUCCUCUCUUGCGAGCCACUUUUCAUCACUUGAAACUGAAAGUGACUCCGCCAUCUUUUCCACUUAGUAAAUUGCCCGAUUUUUUGCACGAGCAAGGGAAAGGCAUACCUCACGGCACCUUGUACUCCCUAUUAGUUCCAUUGCAUUUACAUUUUACUCUGACAUCAUUGCAAUGUUCUCUUCGCGAUUAUCCACUGCCCUUGCUAUACAUUCCUGCUAUUCCCGGUGGACACAACUCACCUGCAUGGGUGUUCGACUCAGAUAUUGUCGUUGCGGAAGAAUUAGGGACGACGCAGUCCGUCGAAUGGAUUCCUUGUUAUGUUGGUGGUUUGCACGAGGGUUCCCAUGUCACCAAACAUUUAUUAAUCAAUGUCCCGAAAACGAUCAUGCCAGUCAAAACUUACGCGGACCCCGACAUCCACAUCAAAAGCACAGGGGUAACAGAAUUUACGUGGGGAGUGAGUUACAAUGCAGGUAUACAAGAUUUAAUGAGAGUUGUGGAGACUUUGUCUACGGCGCCUCGUGAUUCGUCACCUGCUAUCGGAUUUUGGGAUAAGAUGAGACUAAUCUUCCAUUGGAAAAUCAGAGUCUCAUUCCGAAAUGAAGUCCGUUUGUACAUGAAAGGAAGUCGCGAUCCAUACAUUGUGAGAGACGAGGGAGCAGGUUUUGCCCUUUGUUGGCAGGGAUUACCAAAAGUAUUGAUUGGGUUCGCAAAUGAAGACCAAGAAGUUGUCCAGGUUGUCAGUGAUACCAUGCUGAUCAUGAUACCUAAGUUUGAUCCUGAAAUUGAUCUUCUGAGGUCGCAUUCCAAGCACCACGCUCAGCCGGUGCCAAAUCACGGUGGUCACGAGCACUCUUGCUUGAAAACGUGCGCUAAAUUCACCUCCGGUGUACGGUUUGGAGUAGGCUUUGUCCUUGAACGUUCGUGUGGUCCCGAAUGCUCUGAAUGUCGUGGCACUGCCUUUGAUCGUCAAUGUCGUCAUUUCUCAUUUCGACCUCAUUACGAUGUGAAACUUGAAAAAAAAGCCAGGCCUCCGAUCACGAAGAGUGCCGAGGAUUCUUAUAAUGGAUUUAGGUCUGAUUUUAUACAUCUUUCGAUAUCUUUGAACUCUUCUGUGCGCCAUGUCAAGCAGGACAUCACAAUUAGCCCAAACAACUUUCAUUUGACACCUAAUGCUUUUGCCCACUUCUGGUCCUGGUGGUCACUUUUCGAUGGCGUUUUAUCGCUACCUAUACGCCAAGGAUCGUACUAUCCUCCAAGACCCAUUUCGCCAAAAUUCGGCCGACAUUUAGCCACUGUAAAGUACAGAAUAUCCGUCGCUCAGCUUUUCAUAUCACAUGCCUACAUCAAUGAGUCCAGAGAAUCCUGGGUGGACGGCAUCACACCUUUUGUCGGAGUCAAAGCUAGAAUCGACCAUUUCCAGGCCGAUCUGCAUCAGAGAGACCAAGAAUCAAUUGCCCCAGGACGAAUCCCUGAUAGCAUCAAAGUUAUUAGACACAAGCCCUUCUACGCUGCUGAAGUUGUUCUGAAGGGACUGGAUUUACGGGCCUUGCUAGCAACCUUUGCCGAACCCUUGAAGCGAGCUGUUCCUAUUUCCUCAGCCGAUCACGUUGGAGACAGUAGCCCAGGAUCAAAUACUGCACUUACUGAUAUUCCGGUUCCUUGGUUCGAUAUGGAUGACUUCGUUGAGACUGAUUGGGGCCCAUCUGUGACGCCUGAUAUUCACCUCGUACCUGUGCUUUCUUGCCCAAGAUUAACAUACUUCAAGCGCAAUGUUAGAACGUAUAAAAGUCAAGCUGAGACCAGUAAAUUUGGAAUGGAGCAUACACAUACUUGCAUGCUCGGAAAGGAUAUAUCUGUUCCGCAAGUUGAGAUUAGUCUCGCAUCCGAGCGCAUAGCGGAACUUCGUGGCAUGGCUGCAUACCAGCAAGAUUCCACUAAUGGCGACCCAAAGGUCCAGGAUGAUGGCAAGCAAUAUCCACUAGCAGCAAAGAUAACGUUCCUCGAGGAUUAUAUUACUCAUCUACAGACUAUCGACUCGCGUUCUUCCACUGACGAUACCAACAAUAGUCAGAGCUAUUACAUGCCUUCCGAUACAGUUUCCUCUGAUGAGUGGGCGGAAUUCGAAAAUGUCUACCAGGUUCACUCUCCUAAAGUAUUCAUGACCCAUUCUAUCCGUAAUGUCUUAAUGCAGUACUACUACUGUUCACGGGGACGUCGGGGAUCUGAAUACCAUAUGGCGACACGUGCUGUGAAAUUUAUCAGAGAUCAAGCUGAAGCAAUAUUGUCUACCGACCCGCGCGGCAGCUCUGAGAAGCCUCGUGGUCCUGUCAAUAGCGCACAAGCAGCAGCUUCGGCAUUGCGCAAAAUCUUUACUGGCGAUAAUAAUGUUCCCUUUGUCAAUAUAUCAGCCGAUGUAGAAGAUGGUUCUCAGGCCGUGGACCCCUUGAAUGGCUGGGCAGAAGGCGUUUCUUUACGCAAAGGACAUUUCUGCCUUCUCUUAAAGCCACAAUUUGUCUUGCGCACGGAAAGCGACGCCGGAUCUAUUUGCGUGUUAGCUGCAGUCCAAGCCAAGCUUCAGUCUUUUUCUAUCAUGGACGAUUCCAAUUUAGAAGAUCCAGUCAGUGGCAGAGUAAUGACAAGGACAUAUACUUCUUUAGCUGGACUUCAGGCAUUCUGCCCCACUCACUCAACUUGCGGGAAUGGCUGUGUACCCCUUGAAGUUCUCGUGGAUUAUCGCUGUGAAAGUAACGAUUUCGAUCGUAUAGUUCCACAAACCGACGCUACCUUCCAAUAUGAUAAAUUCAACCGCCUUCGUCUGCGCAACAGCGUUACGUCAAUCACUAAAUCAAAUCCCGAGCAGGUGGGUGAAAGGAAGCAUAUCCAUCUUCACAACGAAACAGACCUUGUUCAAGUCCACAUACCACAAUUCACAGUCUCAGCUAGUGAACAGCAUUUCCAAGCCAUCUCUGGCAUAGUCAGACACCUCAUCCUUUUUUCUGAUGCCGCACACAAAAACCGCUUAGAAAAGCUAGAAACACUGCUUUUUACCUACGACUUCUCCGAUCUCGCUUCUGCAGCUAAUGUUGUGGCGGACUUACAGUCCCGUCUUCGAAACGCCAUAGAAACCCAGCGGGAGGCUGAAAGCCAACCGCAGUCCAUUGAACCACAGGCGAAAUUGGAGAUUCUCAAACUCAAGGCUCAUAUAUUCCUUUUGUCCGAGGAAUUGAAUCUCAUCUUCGAUGCUAUCAAACUGGCUCAAGACCGGACAGAUGAUCGCACAGAUCAGAAGUCUGCUCUUUUACUUCACGCCUUAUCUUCGGAAAUCUCAUGGAGAAUGCUUGAUGAGCACCGAAGUCUUCUUGCGAAACUUGCCGUUCGUAACAUCGACUAUUCUUGGCUGAGUAAACAGGACAGUUCGACGGUCAAUACUUUGACGUUUGGUGACUUGCAGGCGUUUGAUGGUUCUCCUCACGCCGAAUGGGCUGAGAUCGUUUCUAAGUAUGAUGAACCAUCGAAUCAUCCCUUACUCAAGAGAGGACUAUUCAUUGUCGCAGGAUGGACUGUUUUGGCCCCUGUUGGAGGCAUAACAAUUUAUGAAGAAUUUAAGCUCAAUUUACAUCCUAUUCGUUUGCAACUUGAUGCGAGGUUGGGUCGCCGCAUAAUGGAGUAUGUGUGGCCAGCACGUAGAAGCAGAAAUAGUACUACGAACGGUGACCCGACGUCUGAUACGACCGGACCAAUAGAUAUUGCUCCCAGUCCAAAACCAAACGGCCCAUCUAGGUCAUCUAUGGAUUCACCAAGACCAUUACAGAAUCCUCGCAUAUCCCUUGAUUCUAAUCAGUUGGCCCCACCUUCUUUGCGGAAAGGUGUAUCAAGAUCAUUCACUGACAUGCGUAGUGCCGCUGCAGAGUCUCGAGGCAGUCCUAAUCCGCUUAAGAGGAAAUCUACUCUUAGGGCUGUCAUCCCAGGUCCUGAAUCAGGAGAUGAGCAAAAGAAGUUGAAAAAUGGGGUUUCAAAGUAUACGGGGCACGAUCGCCAAGUGGAUGAUACAAUGGAAAUGAAGACACGCUCGUCGCAAAAAACUUUCAUUCUGGUCAAGAUUUCGAGCCUGCAUCUUCUUCUAAGUAUCAUGAAGGCAGAAUCCUUUGAAUGUCGCGAUGCUCGAAUUCGCACACGUGAUCUGGAGUAUCGAAAUCGAACGUGGACUUUUGAGGAACUGGUUGAUCAAUUUAUUCCAUCGGACAUGUCAUGGAAAGGCUGGUUCAAAGUGGCUCUUCAUCAGCCUUUAGUCCCUGUACUUCCGGUUGCGCGCGAACUGAUAUCAAAAACUAAAUGGAUAGCAUCGAAGAAUGCUUCGCAACUCGACCCAAGUACCCCCUACGCCAAGCUAGCGCGAGGGAAAGCCAAAACGGACCUCACACCUUAUCGGCUAUCGACGAGUUCGCAAAAGGCACCUCCCAGACAAGGGGAAAAGGAGGAUAUAGCCUCUUCGAGCAUUACAGCGAUACCCUUCACAGACGAGCCUGAACCGAUAGAUGAUUGGGAUACUAGCGCUCCAUCCCGUAGUAGUGGAGAGUCGAGCCGUCCUCAUAGUCGCGCCCGAAUGCUGUCGUUCUUCACUGGAGGCUCGUCCCGUGGUAGAAGGAGCAUAGAGUCUCAGUAUCAAAACGGCAAUACACGUCAAGAUACAGAUGAGACCAUCGUUGGGCCUGACAGUCACCGAAAGGUUAUCCCAUAA